AUGAACAAGGCAGAAUUCAUCACUGCUGCAGGCUUUGCUGUAUCAUUGCUGUUCCACAUGACCUGGGCUGAAGCCUGUCCUGCCUCCUGUGACUGCAAGUCACUGGGAGACAUGAAGGGUUUGCAGAUCGACUGCAGCUCAAAGAAGCUGACAGCAGUGCCCGUCUUGCCUGGUGACACCAAGAGGCUUUAUCUCCAGAAUAACAGCCUGACCUCAGUUCCUCCCGGCACCCUGGAUAGCUUGCACAGCCUGGAGGAAGUGGAGACCUCUGACAAUCCUUGGAACUGUGACUGCCACAUUCUGUACCUCAAACUCUGGUUAGAAGACAUCUCUGAACCCUCUCUUGCAAAAGUGAGAUGCGCAACCCCAGCUCCUGUGAGGAUGAAGCCCUUGAGGCAGCUGACUGGGAACGAGCUGGGGAGUUGCAAGAGGCUUCUCCCCAUCAAGUGUCUGGAGUUCUUUUGGCGAGACCUCAUUUUAAUUGCUGGAGCAAUAAUCACACUUAUUUUAGCAGCAUGGGCUCUGAAAUUCUCCAAAAAGCUGGUCUGCCAAAUAAACCUAUGCCAGUCUGCCCCUCGGGGCUGA